AGCCUUACUGAUUUAUUAUUUAUUUAUUGGAUUUCUCUUAAAUUUUAAUGAGGAUAUCUUUCUCCUACAGAAUUGAUUCUGAAGAGAUCUACUUUUAGUAAAAGUAUAUCGGUGGGUUGGCCGCCCUCUCCACAAAAUGAUGGCCAGAAAGUAAUUUUGAAGAUAAAGAUCUAACAAGACCACAAAUUAAAAAAAAAAGCCUAUCAAAUAAUAGUGUGAAGAUGUCUCUCUAUCCAGAGCUAAAAGGAUUUUAUCAUCUCAGAGAGACUAUUGGUUCAGGUGGAUUUGCCAAAGUGAAAUUAGCCUAUCAUGCAUUGUCAGGUGAAAAAGUAGCAAUAAAAAUAAUGGAUAAAAAAACUCUUGGGGCUGAGUUGCCCAGGGUCACAACAGAAAUAGCUGCCAUGAAAGAACUUUGCCAUCAACACAUCUGCAAGCUCUUUCAGGUCAUUGAAACAGAGACAAAGUUUUUCCUAGUUCUAGAGUAUUGUCCUGAAGGAGAACUCUUCGACUAUAUAGUUUCUAAAGAUCGACUGGAUGAGUCUGAGGCUCAGAUCUUCUUUAGGCAAAUAGUUGCAGCUGUAGCAUACAUACAUGAUUGUGGCUUUGCUCACAGAGACUUAAAACCUGAAAAUUUACUUCUUGAUGAAGAUCAAAACAUUAAGCUGAUUGAUUUUGGUCUUUGUGCCAAACCCAAGGGUGGUAUGGAAAGUUUAUUGACGACCUUAUGUGGCAGUCCAGCAUAUGCUGCCCCUGAGUUGAUCUCAGGAAAGCAGUAUUUGGGCUCAGAGGUUGACCAGUGGAGUAUGGGUGUGUUGUUGUAUGCCUUGCUGUGUGGAUUUUUACCUUUUGAUGAUGAGAGUAUCACACAGUUGUAUAAAAAAAUUAAGACUGGCUCUUAUAAGUUUCCUGAAUGGCUGAGUGAUGGGAGCAAGGAAUUAAUUUCUCAGUUACUCCAAAUUGAUCCCAAGAAAAGGAUUCCCAUUGCAGAGCUACUCAAGCAUCCAUGGCUAACCAAAAAUGUCAAUGUCCCAAUAGAAUGGAAAAGCAAAUAUAAGAAAAGCUUAGAUGAUGAUUGUAUCACAGAAUUAGCUGUGCAUUAUGGGAAAACAAGAUCGCAAAUGGAAGAGGAAAUUUUACAGUGGAAAUAUGAUUACCAAACAGCAACCUACUUUCUGCUGCUUGAGAAAAAAAUGAAAGGCAAGCCAGUCAGAUUACUAUGUAGACACCCUGCAAGAAAUGAUAGAUCCAGAUCGCGGCACUACAGUUCUGAAGAAGACUUGGUUGGAGUUGAUUUCAACAGUUCACCCUAUGUGUUAACGCCUCAGAACAGAGAUGUUAAAUCGGUGAGGCAUUCAGAAAAAAGGGGGAGAGUUCGAGAAAAACUUGACUUUGACAAUCCAGAAGAGCUUGCUCAGAAGCGAGCAAUGGCAAAAGAUGCUAGCCACGAUCAACAAAUUAUUUCACCCAAGAAACAAGUUGUUUCUCCUACUAAGUCUUCUGAUGACUCAAAGAAAUCACCCAAAGAAAUUGAAUCUGUGAAAAAAACUGAGGCUAAUGAUCUUCGAUCUCCAAAGGCUAGCAACAAAGAAAAUAGGCCCAUAACAAUAAUUUCAGAUGCAUUGCAAGGAAUAGACAAACAUACUAAAGAUGUAGAAUAUAGGAGGAAUGCUGAUGGUAAAACAAGUAACUCUGUUGCUAGAAAAGAAAUCUAUAGCGUGUAUAGCUCACAACAGAAGGACACUGUUUCUAGAGGGAGUGUAUAUGUAGUGAAAAGAUCUGAACUUGCAAAUAAAGCAGAGAACACCCCCAGAAAGCCUCCAGUGAGGCAGGUACCUGUUCAUAGCAAGAAUGGCAAUUCUCAAACGCCAAGCCAACGACAGAGCAUAAGGACGCCAGGAAGGAGAGAGAUUAUGCUAGAGAAACAGCGAGAGGCAGCAUCAGACAAAAACAAAGCUACUAGAACUACAGAGCAAGUGAAGCGAAAUCCUGGCGAGCUUUCUGCCAGACAGAGAACAGUCAACAAUGAGUUUGUCAUCCCGCAGACUCCCAUAUCUUGGGCCACACCUUCCAGGUGUCCGAAAAUGAAACUCCAGUCACCCACGAACACAAAACCAGUUCAGCUUACUUCAAUGGAUGACUCAUAUGUCUGUGAGAAGUCUGCUUUUGCUAACAACAACACAUUUUCCCCCUCACGUUCUUAUGAUUCCCAACUGAAUACAUUGGGAGUUGAUGACAAGCAGUCACCUACACAAGGAGCCAAGGCUGCUUCUCGUUCAGUAGAUGAUGAACUUUACAAAAUGCACAUGUCAACACCAUCUAGUGGUCAGAAGUCUGCACGGAAAGGGGCAGUGUUUGGCAGUAUAGAGCGAAUGCUUAACAUGUUAACUCCAAAAAAGAAAGGCUCGUUAAUAGAGGGUCCCAGAAAAGCAAGGGCGCUGCACAAUGUGUGUCUGACUAGUGAGCUUAGCCCAGAUCAUGUUUUGACCACACUCAAGAAAACAUUACAGAUGAAAUGUAUUCCUUUUAAACAAAGCGACUAUUCCUUGAGGUGUACAGUUACGGAUGACUGGGGCCGCACUAAACUGGCCUUUGACCUAGAAGUGUGUGCACACCCCAAGAAUUCAUUCAUGGGCGUUCAUCGCAAGCGUGUGAAGGGAGACAUUUGGUACUACAAAAGACUGUGUGAAGAUAUCCUGCGAUCUUCUGGGUUCCUUUAAUGGUCAUUUUAGUCCAUCUCAUUUUAUCUUUAAAUUGUCCUUGAUCUGUUGACUAUAUUGCAAUAAAAAGAACCCGACAUAUAUUUUCUAUGUUAGUGUAAUGGAUGAAGAAAAUGUAAUGCUUUCUAUAACAUUUAUGGAAUAAAUUCUUUGCUAAUUUAUAGUUAUAGAUAAAUGAAUGUUAUUGUAUUUAUUAUAGAUUAAAUUAAGCUUUUUAGCUUAAGUACACAUAUUAAAUUUUAAGUUUAUUUUUAAUGGUGCUACUGUACAUGGUCUAAACUAAGUUGUAUUAUGUAUAAAUAAUGCCAUUUGAGAAACUGUUUUUUUUUCCAUACAUUAACUCCUAUAGCAAUAGACUGCUGUGGUUGAGUUGAACUCUUAUAGCAAUAGACUGCUGUGGUUGAAGUGAACUCUUAUAGCAAUAGACUGCUGUGGUUGAGUUGUACUCUAAUAGCAAUAGACUGCUGUGGUUGAGGUGAACUGUAAUGUCUGAUAGGAAGUUACCAGCAGUUUUUUAAUGUUUCUAUUUGACGAGUUUUUCCUCUCACACAGAAAGAGAUGAUACACUUAGCUCAUCUUUUCUUUUUUAAGUGAAAGUCAGAAGUGUAGAGAUUUUUAAACCAAUUUGUUUCCAAUGAAAUGAAUGUUAAAAAGAAUGACACCCUAGCCCCUAGCUAAAACUCUUUGAACUAAAUAGUGAAAGAGUCUUCUCCUCUUCUUCCCUCAAUAACUUGUUGUUUGAACUGACUUGACAAAAACUCUACUUUGUUACUGAGAAACAACUAAAACUAAUUGCAUGCACUUUGUCUUGACAUUGACCUUUUCAUUUUUUUUUUGCUUCAUUUGGCCAUAUAAUUAUGCAGUUUGUAUGUAAAUAUAGAAACUAUUGUUUUAUGCCACCUUUAUUUAAAUAGCACAAUAAACUCAAAGACUACGAUAAUAAACAUCACUAAGGAUUUCAAUACAAUAGAAUUGAACAUGUUAUAUGUAAAUGAGAAAGAAGUGUAUGCACAAUGCAUUAUAUGGAUGAGAGGUUGUGAAAAUAUUUUACACCCGAACUAUACACAUUUAGAUAUUAAAUAAGACAACCUGUUCUAACAAAAUCAGGCAUGAAUUUAAGUAUAAAAUUGACCAUGGAAAAACAACACAAUUUCAGAAAUAAGUGGAAAACCAAUGUAAACAGUACAUGAAAUGUCAUCUUUCUGUUAUUUAUCAAUAAGAUUCAGUGUUUGUUAAUCGACUAUCUCAAGUGAGUGUAUUACAGUAUACUUAUUUUGCUAGAACAGGUUAUGCUUUUAUGUGCCUUAUACACCUGUAAAACUGUAAUAUAGUUGGCAUUUUGGUUGAAAUGAAAUGAUUGCUCUCCCCUUGUUAUGCUGAGUCCCCAACUUUUACUAGAUCUCAUUGUACUGUUUGUGUCCGUGUUGUUACAUUGUCAUCAAUGAAAGUAGAGGCCUGAUUGGCUUGUCAAAAGAAGUUUGUGAAAUGACAUCAUUGAAUUGACUCUUCAGUUGACAUGCCUACCUCCCUCAUUUUGUUGUUCUUGUCUAUUAAUGUACAUUUGAAAUGCAUAUUAUUUUAUUCAUAAUUACAGCCUUGAUUCUAACCAA